UUGGUGGACUGUGCCGUGUGAGUGUGUUGCACUGCCGUUUUUUACCAGCAGUGGACAGCAGCAAACAGCAACGGUCACUCUCCAGCGGUGGAUGUGGAAGUGUUAUGUGUGUGUGGGAUUGAAUCAGGGAGACUGGGCUGCCACUGUCAUACAGAGAAAAGCACAGAACUCAUACAAUAGCGAAACAUGGCUACCGAGACGAUAUCAGCGUGCACCGGAUCCAACUUACUACAACCCAUAAGCGAGAUAACCAACCUUCCGUUAGACCAGGUGAAUUUUGUAGUAUGUCAGCUGUGUGCCCUUCUCACAGCCGUGUGGUUCCGUCUCUAUCUACACCCCAGCAAGACCAGUCCGUUUGUGCGGCAUGUGGUAGCCACACUGCUGGGCAUCUACUUUGCCCUCUUCUGCUUUGGCUGGUAUGCUCUUCAUUUCCUGCUCCAGAGUGGCAUUACUUAUGGCAUAAUGAUUCUGACUGGAGUGGAGCACAUGCACAAAUACUGUUUGGUGGUUGCCCUGGGUUAUCUUAGCUUCUGCCAAAUCACACGGGUUUACGUCUUUGAUUAUGGAAUGUACUCUGCCGAUUUCACAGGACCCAUGAUGGUCAUCACACAGAAGAUAACUAGUGUGGCUUUUGAGAUCCAUGAUGGUAUGGCAAGGAAGGAAGAGCAGCUCAAUCAGAGUCAAAAACUGCUGGCAAUAAGGCGGAUGCCCAGUUUAUUGGAGUACUUCAGUUAUAAUUGUAAUUUCAUGGGCAUUUUGGCUGGUCCCACCUGUUCCUAUAAUGAUUACAUUGGCUUCAUCGAGGGCACCCCCUGUCGCCACAGAGACCAGGAGACCAAGCGAAAAGUGAAUGUCAAGAGCAGGCUAAAUGACCCUUCGCCAAAUACUGAGGUCAUCCGAAAGCUGUCCACCUGCUUCUUCUCCCUGCUGGUCUUCCUCUCCGUCUGCAAAGUCUUUCCUGUGGAACGUAACAUCGAUGAUGAUUUUAUUGCCACCACUCCCUUCUAUGCUCAGGUGGUCUACCUGUAUUUGUCCAUGCUGACCACCCGGCCUAAAUACUACUUUGUUUGGACUCUGGCUGAUGCCAUCAACAACGCGGCAGGAUUUGGCUUUAAUGGCUAUGACAGUGAAGGCUUGCCACGAUGGGAUCUCAUUUCUAACCUGAGAAUCAUGAAUAUAGAGUUUGCCACCAGUUUUAAAGUGUUCCUGGAUAACUGGAAUAUCCAAACAGCACAUUGGCUUAAAAGGGUGUGUUAUGAGCGUUGUCCAUAUAACCCCACUGCCGCCACCUUUCUGCUGUCAGCCAUGUGGCAUGGGGCUUACCCAGGCUAUUACCUUACCUUCCUCACUGGCAUUGUCAUCACUCUUGCAGCCAGAGCUGUGAGACACAAUGUAAGACCAUACUUCUUGGGUUCACCAAAUCACAAGUUUGUGUAUGAUGUCAUCACGUGGGCAGCUACACAGAUUGCUAUUUGUUACACAGUGGUCCCCUUUGUGCUGCUUUCUGUGGGCCCCUCGCUCAAAUUCUACAGGUCAUGGUACUUUUCAAUUCACAUAGGCUGCAUACUGUUGGCCAUUGCUUUACCUGUGAAACCACGCCACCUGCGGAUGAAAGAACAGCAGUCUGCCCUCCAGCCAAGCCAAGAGACUACAGACAGCAACAGCAACCAGAAACAAAAAGCCACAUGAGUCCUGGGACAUUUCACCACAUCCCUAUAUACACACAGACUGGGCAAAUGUACCUAUUCUCCAGCCACACAUGAAGAGAAUCAGACAAACUAAAGCUCACAAAUAAACCAACCAGCCUGGACUGUGAUAGAGUGAGUAGGCCCUUGGCUCAUUAUAGUGCUGCCGGGAUUCAACAGUGAUUUGAGAUAAUGGAAUCAAAUCUGACCGGUAUAAGGGGGAGUUAUAGAUGACUUGCCAAGAAAAAAUAGUUUGUAAUCUUUCGUUUCCUUUGUAAUUCAGUAUUAGUGUCCUAACCUGGUGGUUUUCUACUGGGCUGUAAAUAGGAGUUUCUCGCAGGGCACAAGGUAGAUACCACUUGAAAAAAGCUGGCAAUAUUAUCUUUGAAAACAAAAAGUUUGAAGUAACAAUGAAAAUAAUAAAGACAUUAUUUGAAAGGGGAAGAGAUAAAAGGAGUUUAUACAAUAUGAAGUUGCCCACAAAAUUUAAAGACUAGUUGUUCUCGUCAAAGACAGCAAGAGAUACUUGCAAUAUGAUCUCAUGGCGGUGCCACUUAAACAGGGCUCUUGGCCCUUUGUCAUGUUAUGUUUGUUAUAUGGUCUGUUGUAACGUCUUGUCUAUGUAGUCUUCACACAAAUCUCUGAAUGUUUUACAUACAUAUACUGAACAUUCCACUCUAAAGACCAGAAAUUAUUUUCCCAUAAAUAAAAGUAUUUCUCAGACAAACAAUGUCUAAACUGGAAGCAUUGCAAAGUAAUGCUUAACCUGUGUUGAAAUGUUGAGGUAACAUCCUGCAAAUGACUAACAGUGUUGUUAAAUCAAUAAGGAAGUAAUUCUGUAUGCACAGUAAUGAUCAUUUUGGAUUUCCUCACUGAAGUUUAGAAACGAAGCUUAUGUCAGUGUUAAAUAAAAAUAAAUAAAAUAAGAGGAUGACCACUGGAUCUGCUUAAACAUUGUCUGUGUGGACCUGGAUUUAUUUUAUUAUUAUUAUUAUU